ACCGAGCGAGGCGGUGUUGCUUUCUUUUCACGGACUGCACUGACCCUAUCCGUGACAAAUUGCUGUUUUGGGGAGAUUAUUUGAAUUGGUGCCUAAUUGUUUUUGUUAUCUGUAGGUCACAAGGCUAACCCUCCGGGUAAGCCUACCUUAAAGUUUGAUGUCAUCACCUGGCACUCUUGCGGUUUGCAUUUACGUCAACAACACACAGACCCCAAACUAGGGCUUUCUACAUUUUUUAUAUGUCCUACACGGUCCAGUGGUUGGACAGUACAGUACAUGCUGGACCGAACCUGAUUCAUCACGAGUUGCUCCCCUAAGAGGGACAAAAGGAAGGGACCGGAUAAAACGAGCAGGCAUCCAUCGUAACAUCUAACGCAGUAUUCCCCCGAGGAUUCUCGCUGGUGGCUGUGUAAACCAAAGGGGCUUGGUUGCAGAGAGUGAGGCCCCGGCAGCAGGAGCAGCAGGCCCCAGAGUGCAGCGCCAUGAUGGAGGGCGGCAUGCAGCUGCUGAACCGCGACGGCCACAGCAUCUCGCACAACUCCAAGCGCCACUACCACGACUCCUUCGUGUCCAUGAACAGGAUGCGCCAGCGCGGCCUCCUUUGUGACAUCGUGCUGCACGUGGCCAGCAAGGAGAUCAAGGCGCACAAGGUGGUGCUGGCUUCCUGCAGCCCGUACUUCCACGCCAUGUUUACAAAUGAGAUGUCGGAGAGCCGUCAGACCCACGUGACUCUGCAUGACAUGGAUCCACAGGCGCUGGAGCAACUCGUGCAGUACGCGUACACCGCUGAGAUAGUAGUGGGCGAAGGCAACGUGCAGACCCUGCUGCCGGCGGCCAGCCUCCUGCAGCUGAACGGGGUGAGAGACGCCUGCUGCAAGUUCCUCCUGAGUCAGCUGGACCCGUCCAACUGCCUGGGCAUCCGCGGCUUCGCCGACACGCACUCCUGCAGUGACCUGCUCAAGUCGGCCCACAAGUACGUGCUGCAGCACUUUGUGGAGGUGUCCAAGACGGAGGAGUUCAUGCUGCUGCCACUCAAACAGGUCCUGGAUCUGAUCUCUAGUGAUAAUCUGAACGUUCCGUCAGAGGAGGAAGUUUACCGGGCUGUGCUGAGCUGGGUUAAGCAUGACAUCGAUGCCCGGAGGCAGCACGUUCCCCGGCUGAUGAAGUGCGUGCGCCUGCCGCUGCUGACGCGCGACUUCCUGAUGAGCAGUGUGGACACAGAGCUGCUCGUGCGCCACCACUCGGAGUGCAAGGACCUGCUGAUCGAGGCUCUCAAGUACCACCUGAUGCCCGAGCAGAGGGGUGUUCUGGGAAACAGCCGCACGCGGCCCCGCCGCUGCGAGGGCGCCAGCCCCGUGCUCUUUGCUGUGGGUGGAGGCAGUCUCUUUGCUAUUCACGGAGACUGCGAGGCCUAUGAUACCCGGACGGACCGGUGGCACAUGGUGGCGUCCAUGUCUACGCGUCGGGCACGAGUCGGCGUCGCUGCUAUCGGCAACAAGCUGUAUGCUGUGGGCGGGUAUGAUGGAACCUCCGACCUGGCCACUGUUGAGUCGUAUGACCCUGUGACUAACGGCUGGCAGCCUGAAGUGUCUAUGGGAACGAGGAGGAGUUGUUUGGGUGUGGCUGUGCUCCACGGCUUGCUCUACGCUGCUGGAGGCUAUGAUGGGGCUUCCUGUCUUAACAGUGCAGAGAGGUACGACCCACUAACUAGCACCUGGACCUCCAUCGCUGCCAUGAGCACCAGAAGACGAUACGUCCGAGUGGCUACACUGGAUGGCAGUCUGUAUGCGGUUGGUGGAUAUGACAGCUCUUCACACCUAGCCACGGUGGAGAAGUAUGACCCACAGACCAACACGUGGGCCGCCAUAGCCAACAUGCUGAGUCGCCGGAGCAGCGCCGGCGUGGCUGUGCUGGAGGGGAUGCUCUACGUCGCCGGUGGCAACGAUGGAACCAGCUGCCUGAAUUCGGUGGAGCGGUACAACCCCAAAACCAACACCUGGGAAGGUGUGGCACCCAUGAACAUCCGCAGGAGCACCCACGACCUGGUCUCCAUGGACGGCUGGCUGUACGCCGUCGGCGGCAACGACGGUAGCUCCAGCCUGAACUCCAUCGAGAAGUACAACCCGCGCAGCAACAAGUGGGUGGCGGCAUCCUGCAUGUUCACACGGCGCAGCAGCGUGGGCGUGGCCGUCCUCGAGCUGCUCAACUUCCCGCCGCCAUCCUCUCCCACUAUGUCUGUCUCCUCCACCAGCCUUUGACAAAGGGUGAAGAUGCGGCUGAGCUCCGGCGGCCUGCCCUGUGUGGCCAAGCGGCGCAACUGCUCGGUCUGAGCUCCGGAGGAAGAGGAGUGUUACCGGGAGCCACAGUGCCACCUUUCUGCUGUAGUAACACUGUGGCAUUGUAUAGAACAAAGUGAGAUUUUAAAAAAAUAUAUAUAUAUAUAUAAAAUGGGAAAAGAGAACCCACACACUUGCUCUCCUAACCCUAAAUUUUGCACUUCAAAGCUUGAAAAAUGUGGAAUCCUGUCAUGUCACUCAGCCAUUUUGCAGUCACUUGUGUAUGAAG